AUGAUAUUCGAAGUGCCAAUUGACCACUUCCCGGCCUCUUCGCAACAAGUCUCCCGUACUCGGGACCACAAACCACUCCGUCUUUCCACGGUCCAACUCCAAUCCAAGGAGGUCAAUGCCGCAGUUGCUCCUUUGAGCCCAUCAGGUAAACUAUCAUUCCCAUUGUUUUCGGCUUCUAAACAAUUCCAUUUUCAGUGCGUCGCUCUCAAUUCAACUUCAGCGCCGAAGUGCAAAAGUCGGCGAUUCCAAAGGUGCGCGCCUCGAUCCCGCCGCUCAAAAGAGCGCUGACGAGCCCGGCUCUACCGGUGCAACACCUCAACCUGAAUCUGAUGCGCAAAGGAUCGACGCCCUCGUCGCAGGCGAGCCGCAACAACUCGGUCAGCGAUCUGUUCCGCAACGACCUUCUCAAAAUGCCGGCUCGACUCUUAUCGACAGCAGUCUCGCUGCAUCAGCUGGCGUAA